AGGCAGUCGCUGCACGACAUGUGCGAGUGGCUCCAGGCCGGCGUGCUGGCCGGUCGUCGCGUCGCCGCCCGGCGGAGCGGGGCGCGCAUCGAGGAGUCGAAGGCCGCUGUGCGCGUCGAGCUUGACGAGCUCCUCAUGGAGAUGAUGCACCAGACCUCCGCCAGGGAGGAGGCGAGAGCGGCAGCCUUGGACCAGAGGCUGAAGGAGGCGGAGCGGAUGUCCUCCGACGCGCUCCAGAAGUCCUCCGAAGCGUCCGCGCGCGCCGACGAGCUUGGAGCCAGGCGUGCUUCGCUGGAGGAGCCUGGUUCACGCCUCGCCGCGGAGGAGAAGGAACUCUUGGAACAGCUCAAGGCGCGGGUCGACCAGUUGGCGGCCGCGCAGGCCGAGCGCGCCGAGGGCGCCAGCGACAUAGGGCAGCUCGUGCUGCAGACGUCGGCGAAUUGCAAGCGCAUCGAAGAGCUGGGCGUCGAGCUGCGACAAGAGGACAAGGAGACAGAGCAUCGCGUUGUCCAGCGUCUGGAGUCGCGCUUGGAGCACCAGAGGCUGGCGGAGGAGGCCGCGGGCAGCCGGCUGGCGGGAGCGCUGGGCAGGCUUGACGAGCAGGCGGUGGAGCUCGAAGCCGUCCGCGCCGCCGCCGCCGCGUUCGGCGGAGAGCUCGAGCGGCUUGACGCGGAAGUGCAGCAGUGGGGGGAGGCCCGCGCGCGCGCCGACGAGCGGCACGGCGCGCAGCUGCAGGCCGGCGAGCGCGCCGUGCGCGAGCUCGAGGACCGCCUCCGGGCCGAGCAGGAGCAGGCCGGCCGCGAGCGCCACGAGCUCCGCGAGCGGCUCUCCGCCCUCGGCACGGAUCUCGCCGCCGCGGCGCGCGAGCGCGCGGCGGAGCACGCCGAGGUCCAGGAG